CCAUGUGAAUUGCGCAGUAUUUGACAAUAGAGCAGAAAUAUGGAGAUCCGUCUGGGUGUCGUCUGGCUACCUGGAUUACUAUUUAUCUGCAUGUUCGUCCACAGUGAAGGGCAGAUGCCAUGCUGUGGCGAUACAUGUUGUGAAAAUGGAGGAACAUGUUACGGAGAUGCGUCAGCAUUUGUGUGUGUGUGCCAACCCGGUUACACGGGAGUUUACUGUGAGACGCAAGAUCCAUGCGGCGGCGAAAACCCCUGCCUAAACGGUGGAACCUGCGCUCAGGUUGGUGACAGCGGAUCAUACACAUGCUUCUGCGAUGAAAAGUGGACUGGUAAAGAGUGUGAGACUUGUCAACCAUGCGUCUACUAUGAGCAGCCGUGCGAUAACGGUGACUGCUAUCCGUACCCAAGCGCCCAGGACUGCCGGUACACGUGCGAAUGUUACAGUGGGUGGGUAGGGGUUAACUGUUCCGUGAAAGAUCCGUGCAUUCCUGAUCCUUGCAAUAGUAAUGGCGAUUGUGUUCCUAGCUCUGUCGAUCCAGCCGUGCCAGUGUGCUUCUGCAAAGACGAUUUUGUUGGUCCGACCUGCUUACCAGACCCAUGUUCCAACCAGCUCAAUCCCUGUAAAAAUGGGGCUACUUGUAGACCCAAUAAUUCCUCUUAUCCUACGGGCGCAGUCUGUCAAUGUACACCAGAUUAUAAAGACGACAACUGUACAACGAUUAAUCUUUGUGGUCCUAGUUAUAACCCAUGUGGGACACACGGCAAGUGUAGGGAUGUUAAUGGGGAAGUCAUCUGCCAAUGCGCGACUGAUUGGGUUGGGAAGUAUUGCAACAUCAGUGACCCAUGUUCUGCAGAGCCAUGUACUAAUGGCGGCACAUGUAUGACUGAACUCCUAAAUGACGGGUUAGACGCCACAUAUAAGUGCAGCUGUAGAGACGGAUGGAUAGGAGAUACGUGCUCUGUAGCUGAUCCAUGCUUUGGACAGUACAAUCCGUGUGUGAACGGUGAAUGCAGCCCGCGGCCUGACGACCUAUCUGAAGCUGUGUGUGCGUGUAAUGUCGGAUGGACCGGACAGUUCUGUGAUACAAGUUUAAGCUGUACGCCAAACCCUUGCACCAACGGACUCUGCUUUGACAACACAAACGGUUCUUUCGGCGAGCUGAAUUUUAUUUGUCAAUGUUAUGUUCAAUGGGUCGGUCCAUAUUGCAACAUUCAAGACCCUUGCACUGAUGACGGCUGUACUCCGGGAGGUAAAUGCGUCCCAGACCCUAACAAUAUGUACGAUGCCUCUUGCGUUUGUAAACCAGGAUGGAUUGGAGAAUUGUGCGAAAUCACCGACCCUUGUGUGUCUGUGCUAUGUGGGCAUGGCAACUGCAUCAGUAAUCCAAUUAAACCAGACGACCAUCUGUGCCUGUGCCAGGAAGGGUGGACGGGUGUUGCAUGCGAUGUGAAGGCAGCAUGCUCAGAUACUAACUUUUGUGUGUUUGGUACUUGUGUUGAAAACCCAGAUGCUCUUGGCACCCAAGCUUGCUUGUGCGAUGAAGGGUGGCUGGGUGAUAAUUGCACAAUGGAAGAUCCAUGCUUUGGUGCUAACAACCCAUGCCAAAAUGAUGCAGCGUGCUAUGCAGACAGUAUCUCGGGCACAUUCUCGUGUGAAUGCCAAGAUGGCUUCCUAGGUCAAAACUGUUCCAUAGAAGAUCCAUGCUUUGGUGAUAACAACCCAUGCCAAAAUGAUGCAGCGUGCUAUGCAGACAGUAUAUCUGGUACGUUUGCAUGUGAAUGCCAAGAUGGUUUCCUAGGUCAAAACUGUUCCAUAGAAGAUCCAUGCUUUGGUGCUAACAAUCCAUGCCAAAAUAAUGCAGCGUGCUAUGCAGACAGUAUCUCGGGCACAUUCUCGUGUGAAUGCCAAGAUGGUUUCCUAGGUCAAAACUGUUCCAUUGAAGAUCAAUGCUUUGAUGUUAACAAUCCAUGCCAAAAUGAUGCAGCGUGCUAUGCAGACAGUAUAUCUGGUACGUUUGCAUGUGAAUGCAAAGAUGGUUUCCUAGGUCAAAACUGUUCCAUUGAAGAUCAAUGCUUUGAUGCUAACAAUCCAUGCCAAAAUGAUGCAGCGUGCUAUGCAGACAGUAUCUCGGGCACAUUCUCGUGUGAAUGCCAAGAUGGCUUCCUAGGUCAAAACUGUUCCAUUAAAGAUUCAUGUUUUGCUGCUAACAACCCAUGCCAAAAUAAUGCAGCGUGCUAUGCAGACAGUAUCUCGGGCACAUUCUCGUGUGAAUGCCAAGAUGGCUUCCUAGGUCAAAACUGUUCCAUAGAAGAUCCAUGCUUUGGUGAUAACAACCCAUGCCAAAAUGAUGCAGCGUGCUAUGCAGACAGUAUAUCGGGCACAUUCUCGUGUGAAUGCCAAUAUGGCUUCCUAGGUCAAAACUGUUCCAUAGAAGAUUCAUGUUUUGCUGCUAACAACCCAUGCCAAAAUGAUGCAGCGUGCUAUGCAGACAGUAUAUCUGGUACGUUUGCAUGUGAAUGCCAAGAUGGUUUCCUAGGUCAAAACUGUUUUAUAGAAGAUCCAUGCUUUGGUGCUAACAAUCCAUGCCAAAAUGAUGCAGCAUGCUAUGCAGACAGUAUCUCGGGCACAUCCUCGUGUGAAUGCCGAGAUGGCUUCCUAGGUCAAAACUGUUCCAUUGAAGAUCCAUGUUUUGAUGUUAACAACCCAUGCCAUAAUCAUGCAGUCUGCCAUUCAAACAGUAUGUCUGCUACGUUUGCAUGUGAAUGCCAAGAUGGCUUCCUAGGUCAAAACUGUUCCAUAGAAGAUCCAUGUUUUGGUGCUAACAAUCCAUGCCAAAAUGAUGCAGCGUGCUAUGCAGACAGUAUAUCUGGUACGUUUGCAUGUGAAUGCCAAGAUGGUUUUCUAGGUCAAAACUGUUCCAUUGUAGAUCCAUGCUUUGGUUCUCACAAUCCAUGCCAAAAUAAUGCAGCGUGCUAUGCAGACAGUAUAUCUGGUACGUUUGCAUGUGAAUGCCAAGAUGGUUUUCUAGGUCAAAACUGUUCCAUUGAAGAUCAAUGCUUUGAUGUUAACAAUCCAUGUCGAAAUGAUGCAGCCUGCCAUGCAGACAGUAUCUCGGGCACAUUCUCGUGUGAAUGCCAAGAUGGCUUCCUAGGUCAAAACUGUUCCAUAGAAGAUCCAUGCGUUAGUGCUAGCAAUCCAUGCCAACAUGGAGGAUCAUGCUUUGCAGACAGUGAAACGGGUAAUUACUCCUGUAACUGUCUCGAUCAAAAUAUUGGACAUGACUGUAGUUAUGAAGAUCCAUGCUAUUCGUCUCCCUGCGGUAAUGCAUCUUGUUACGUUUUGUUACAUGAUGAUAGGCCUGUUGGCUACCAAUGUGUUUGUUUAAGUUUAAUAGUGAAUAAUAAGUGCAUUGAUAAUCCAAAUUAUCGAGUCACAGAGAAGUACAGUCUGAUAGCCAUGACAUCACCUUGUCAAAUUGGGGCAAUAGGAGACGAUUGUAAAUUGGAUGAUCCAUGUUAUUCUUACAGUAAUCCGUGCGGCCCGCAUGGCGCAUGUGAACACGAUUCCUUGUUUAAUUUGCAUUGCGAAUGCGAUACGCAGUACACAUUCGCAAAUAAUACAUGCGUUAUCGUUAGUUAAAUGUGUUUUCCCGCUAUCACUCCACAUUUCGUACAUUUCUCUUGUUAUUGCUUUUAUUAGUUCAUUAGUGUGCAUUACUUUAACAACACGACAGCGAUACACAUCAUAAAUGUUAGAAUAAGAUAUACGUCACUGUUAUUUAAAUUAGGUCUAUUAAAAUUUCAAAUAAAUAGCAUCGAUUCCUUGCUAUCACUAUAUCCACUGUACAUUCAUCUUGCUAUUAACGGUGUAAGAGUGGCGGUAAAAUCAGGGUGUCUGAGAUUCAUUAACUAUUGAUAUAACGAACUGCAGAUUUCAUAUAUAUUUUAGUUAGGUAAUGAGAAUAUUGAUUGAGUAUUUUAACUGUCCCUGUUUGAUUAUAUGUUUAUUAUUACUUCUUGUGUUUAAUCUGGCGACCGUUAAUAAUAUUUCUGUUGGAAAUUUGUUUUUGUUUGUAAAAAUUCGGAUCCUCGUUUUACAGCCGUUUCAUGCACCUUCUAAAGACAACUUUAUCACGUCGUGACUGUAUGUGUUCUUGAUUCUAUUUAACGAACAGUAGUAGUAAUAUUAGUGAUAUCAAUUUGUUAUUACCAGUAGUUAUUUAGUAUAUACGGGUUUUUGUAACCAGCACCGUAUUGAUUGCGAUUGUAAUAAAAUGAAUGAUAAAUUUUU